AUGGGCAAGGAUGACUGGCUCGUUGCCUUUGCACCCAUCACCCUGAUCUCCACGGGAGGCUUUCUCGCCACGAAUUUCUUCCGAAAUCGCGAAAGCACCGGCGACAUCGACUAUCUAUUGGACCCCCAAUGGGCGCACGAUAACGAGAUCAAGAAACCGCUACAGAACGCCAUCACCCGCGCGGCCCGGCGUCUUGGAUUCAUCGACGACUGGGUGAACGAAGAACUGGCGUUCUUUGUCCCCGAUCAAUUUCGGCAACUCCUCUUUGAAAAGGCGGAGGAGCAGAAUAUUGUUCUCUGGGAGGGUCGAUAUCUUCGUGUUCUGGCCGUGCCCUUGGAGUGGGCGCUGGAGCGGAAACUCCGUCGCAUCCACCACAGCAAACGGCAUGCGAAACGGGGAUCGGAUAUUGCUGACGUGCUUGCAAUUUUGCAUCACCUGAGAAGGCAGAAUGGUGGACCGCUGAAUCGAGAGUAUAUCCGAACGCUCAACAUAUGCUCCUUUGAAACGGCCCCAGACGACGCAACGAUGGUCGAAAUCGCUACUGCGUAUCGGCAGCAAUACGAUAAUGACGUCUUUUUCUGA